CUUGAGUCCUGGCUGGCAAUAGUAAUCCAGUAUUGCGUUGAUCUCAUCCAAAGAGCUAGGAUGCAUUCUCGCUACACCGGUCAUUCGAUCUACCAUGUCUGGACGUUUCGCUUCAAAACCAUCGUGUCGGAUAUACCCAAUGUCUAGGGACACUGCAUGCUCGCCCUGUGCGACUCGAUAACCCGCCAACGCAUCUUGGUAUGUAUUUCCAGAGACGUAGUUGGCUUGACCGCCAUUCCCAAAAAUGCCAGAGAUUGAGGAUAGCAGGACAAAAAAGUCCAAGCCUAAUGGCAAAGCGCGAUGUAGGUUCCAAGAGCCAUCGACCUUUGGUCUGAUUGCUUUUCUCCAAUCGGUGAUGGUCAUAGUUGACAACGUCGCAUCCUGUCAAGAAUCAGCACUUAUAGUACAACAUUUAUACCAACGUUAUACACGUGCAAGUCUUUCCACUGUGGAGAACUUACAUGAAGUACCAUUGCGCCUUGAAUACAACCUUUGAUAGGAGGCAUGAUCUGAGAUGCGUCUGCUAUCACUUUCUUCAAUGCAGAUGGAUCUGCAAUAUCGCAAACUGGACAAUGUACAUUAACGCCCGUUUCUUGCAUACUUCUCAGCAUUUCUUGGACUUCUUCGUCAUCUUGCCUUGGUCCUGAACGAGAUAACAAAAUCAAAUUCCUUGCACCACGAAGGACAAGCCAACGAGCGAUACUUCGCCCAACAAUGCCCAAGCCUCCUGCAAUGACGUAACUCGUGUCAUGUGGUAGUUGGUAGGAUGUCGGUGACCCCUGCACAAUCUAUAUAUUUCUUUAUUAGCAUAUCUGACUGCCGAUUCAAGAUUUCCCAGAGAAUAUCGUUUCGGAUCUCUUGGUCUAAGACUACCCUGAGCAAUCAGAUCGUACACAUGUCUGAGUAUAUUCAUGGACAUGGUGUGUUUAUGCUCAAGCAUUAGCUCCAAGUCAAUGGCAUGGAAGGAAACGUUCUGGGUGAAGGUGUACAUGGGCAAACUUUUUCUAGCAUACGCAUCUUUCAAACCGAUUUCAACGAAUCGACCAAAAGGAGCGAUACAGUUCCACGAUGCCUCCAUCAAUGCUCCCGAAAGUGAGUUCACUACCACGUCGACUCCCAGCUUUUUUAAACGCUUGAUGCCUGUAACAAAGAAUGGGUCUCUCGAUGAGAAAAUGUUGGCAAAUACUUCGGCUCCAAUCCAUUGUGCAACUUGUAGCAUUGCCUGGCCUGUUCCACCAGCGGCCGAAUGGAUCAGGAUCGUUUCUCCAGGUCGGAGGCGAGCUUCUUCAACUAGCGCGUAA